AUGUCUCCCACAAACCAAAUCACAUUGAACCCUGCCCGACGAGAGGACCUCCUCCGCGGCGGGGCAAAGAAGCAGCAGCAGCAGCAGCAACAAGAAAAAGCAGCAAAACUCCCCCUCGGCAAACAGCACACGCACCCGCGAGGGAGUUCGACCGGCGACGAGGACGGGAGCGUCUCGUUCGUGGGCACGGCGACCACGAUCCUCGAGUGGCAGGGCGUGCGCAUCCUCACGGACCCCAACUUUCUGCACGCCGGCGACCACGUCCACCUGGGGCCGGGGGUGAGCGCGCGGCGGAGGACGGACCCGGCGGUCGAGCUCGAGGCGCUGCCGCCGCUCGACGCGAUCCUGCUCUCGCACUACCACGAGGACCACUUUGACCGGCUGGUCGAGGACUCGCUGAACCGCGACUUUACCAUCGUCACGACGCCGCACGCAAGAUCGUGCCUGGCUGCCGGGGGCGCCGAGGACGAGCCGUUCCGCCGGGUCUGGGGGCUGGAUUUGUUCCAGGACCUGCUGCUCGACAUUGACGACGCGUCGUCGUCUGCCGCGGGGGAAAGGCACAGGCGGCCUGCGAUCAAGGUCACGGGGAUGCCGGGCAGGCACGUCCCGCCGGGUGUGCUGUCGGCUGCCAACGAGGUGCUGCAGGCCGUGCCGCCGACCAACGGCUGGAUGCUGGAGCUGGGCUACCGGCCCUCCGCGGGGGACGGCGACGAGGGGGCGAUGGAGACGGGCUACCGCAUCUACAUCUCGGGCGACACGCUCAUGGUGGACGAUCUCAAGAAAAUCCCAGAGUGGCUCGGCGACAAGCGCAUAGACCUGAUGCUGGUUCACCUGGGGGGCACCACGAUCCCCGGCCCGUCGUUGCCGUUGUUGAUGGUCACGAUGGAUGCGGAGCAGGGGCUGCAGCUGAUGCGGCUGCUCGACCCGGAAAUCACCAUACCCAUCCACUAUGACGAUUAUGAUGUGUUUUUGUCGCCGCUAGAGGAUUUUAAAAAGGAGGUUGACGGGCAGGGGAAGAGGGAUAGGGUGGUGUAUUUGGACCGGGGCGAGCAUUACCGAUUCAAGGUUAGGGGCUGA